CUUGACGAUGGUUGAUAUCUUUGUCGCGGGGGCGAUCUACUACAAUGGAUCUUACAUCUGUGCCGGGAUCUCCUUGUGGCGUGUAAUACAGCGUGAUUACGGCAGCAUGGAUGGGGACAUCACCAAAGCAAACCUGAUGCCAGCAUUGGACUUAUUCUAUUCUCUAAUUCUCUGCCAAGGCGCACUCUUCGUUUUAUGGGGGGCUUCUCUAAUUGCCGAUCGAUCCUUUAUCACUUCACUCCAUAGAGUAUGCAAGUUCCCAAAGAUGUGGGGUUUUGCAUCAGUUAGAAACUACCUGCAUCACAUCCGGUCGAAAUGCUGGCGGGGCGCUGAAACAUCCAUGGAGGAUAGGGGAUUAGUCAAGUACGCCGUCGAUUUGCUGGACUCUGAAUCAUCGCAAGAAGACUACCUCUCCGGAGCAAGGAUGCUGGAUGUGUUCAUCAAGGUACACCAAGUGGAUGUAAGGCCACUUAUACUCCCCUCAAGCCAAAAGGUUCAGAAGCUGAUCGAUACACUGAGGUGGAGUAGCAGUGAGAGUGACAGAGAGAUUAAGGAGCUUGCUGCCAGGAUAUUCGCGCAUCUUGCCUUUAACAUUGAUCUAACCCAGUUCCCUGGGGCAAUACGGUGCAUAUCCUCCCUACUUGGUACCACCCAACAGCUAUAUUGGAACAACGACCAACAAGGAUCUAGUAAUCAGUCACCUCAAAGUAAUAAAUUGGAUCAGCAAGGUGCAGGGGACAGCCAAGGAGAUCUCGGUACCACCCCGCAUCAGUCACCUCAAAGUAGAUUCUACCAUUUAUACGCAAAAAUACAAAAAGUUAUUAUAUUGCAGCUAAACGCAAAAAUACAAAAAUGUAUAUUGCAAGGUGCAGUUAAACGCAAAAAUACAAAAAACACAAAAGGUACAUUGGACCAGCAAGGUGCAGGGGACAGCAAAGGUGAAGGAGAUGGCUGUAAUGAGUUGAUUCUGCAAGGCCUAACGAUUCUGGAGAGGCUGGCGUCUGACCAACACAACUGCAGGGACAUAUGCAGCACCCCUGAUCUAAUCGCCAAGAUCAUGUCACCUAUCUGCUCUGACACACUAAUCCAAGACAUAAACAUAAUGCCAUGGCAAGAUGUAGUAAAUGGAGCGCUCAGAGUUGUGUACCGGCUCAUCCAUGCUCCGGAGUGGACUGGAGGCAGAAGGCUGGCCCAUGAAAUAUCCAUUAGCAAACAAGCUGUGAGCAACUUGGAGAUGAUUCUGGAUCAGGGCAACAUAGCUUGCCAACAGCUGCAGAUGCGAGCUAUGGAGAUAAUCACAGAAUUGACUUUGGAUUCGGCUGCUAACCUCGCCAUGGAAACAAAAGAAAAUCUCAUCAACAAGCAGCUGCAGAUCUUCCUUAAUGAAGGGACAGAAGAAGACCUUAAAGUUACGGCUGGGAAAACACUGGCAUCACUAUCCAAGACGACAGGAACUUUCUCUGUGUGUAUAAUGAGCAAAUAUAAUCACAUUGUUGAUCAACUAACUGAAAUACUUGAUGCUAAGAACAAGGCCAUAUACAGAACAAUAGCAGCUGAGAUCUUGGAGAAUUUGUGUACUCUACAUAUGAUGGACAAGAAUCAUGUGAAGAACACCUUGCUGCCAAAGGUGCUGGCAGAAGUUUUAGCCAGUAAAAAGAAACCACCAUCGGAAGCACCGGAAUGUCAUGUAUCCAAAGCAUCAGGAGAUAUUGAAGAAAAUCCACUUCAAGACGACGAAGAAAAUCAACGUCCGGAACACAAUGUCCAAAUCAAUUCAUCCGAGCUAAAUGAGACGCAGACAUCUAUGAUGGUAUUGAAAGAGGCAUUGCUAUCCCUUACUUUGGUGAUAUUUGACAAGUGGAUAAUCAGUGCAGAGGAUUUUGAUGAUGUUGCUCAAAAGGUUGCCCCAGGAGAAGGUGAAUUUGUGGCGAAGCUCAAGACUAUAGUAGAAGAGAACUGCGAGGCCACGGCUAAUAACCUAAGAAUCGUCAAGCUUUGUGGUCAGAUUGCCGUCACAAUGAUGCGGCGCAGCCAGUACAGCGAACACUUCAAGGAUCAGAAAUUCGUGGAGACACUGUCUAAGGCUUCAAAAAUCACGUGUAACCUUGAAAGCUGCAUGCUCUUCGCUGGGACUGAUGGUGGUGCAAAAAAGACUGCCAGGCCACUCCUCUCAGAUCUUGUGAAAGAGGCAGAAGCGUUGGUUGCUUAAAAAUGUAAUCGCGAUUUUUACCGUUGUGAUGACCUAUUUCUCCAUAUCAAAUAAUCAUGUCUCCAGCUCUUGGAAUCACGGAACUGGGCUUGUUUCAUUUAUAAAACAUGAUUGCGUUGCUAAAAUUGUA